AUGCUGAAACCAAAUGUACCUUACUCUUGGUAUGUAUAUUUAUUAGACGUAAAAUUUGGUUUUAAUUACCACACAUUACGUUCGAUAUUUUCCGAAAUUAUACCGUCUCUUCUUGUUACCCUUUUCAAUAUUGGCAUUAUUUUGCGUGUUAUUGAAGCAUCAUUUCAACUCCGAAAUAGUUUAACACUCGUUGCUGCACGUAAUUCAAAAACAGCCACGGACACUAAUUGUCCAUCAUCCACACGACCAUCGACACCACAAGAAAACAGUAGUACGACUCAAAACAUCGAAAAAUCUAUGACUCAUAAUCGACCAAAAACAUCGUGGAUGAACAUGGUACUCAUUCUUCACAGUUGUUUAUUCUUUUUCUCAUCGUUAACACACACUAUUGUACAUUUGUUCACGAGCGAUGCUCUUUUGUCUCAUUCGGUGUCAGUUGUUAUACUCGCCAAUUGCUCAUUGAACUUCUACGUCUAUUGUCUAAGUGGUAAAACAUUUAGAACUGAAAUUAAACGUUUAUUUAAACAUCAUUUUCAAUAUUAUUUUCAAUUGAAAUUUUUGAACAUAUUUCGAACGAAAUCACAACGAUCCAAAGUUGGACGAGAAGUACGAUUGAAUAUAAUUCGGCAACAUAGUUCAAUGGUACAUCGAAAAACAACUGAAAAUGAAUCACAGAAACAGCAAACAGUGCUAACACUUAAUAGUCGCCAACGAUAUCUGAAUGUGUAG